AUGGGAGACUCUCUUCCUCCAUGGCUAGUUUUCGCUCAUUAUCCGACGACGGACUGGGCUGGCAUUGGCAUCGGGACACGCGUGCGAUUUGCCCCGUCACCCACUGGCUUCUCAAAUGCUGAGAUACACCUUGAGAGGGCGAGACAUUUCAAUCGCUGGUCUUGGGCAUCGUCAGCACAGGCAAAGCAGUCUGGAAAGUAUCUCGAACAGUGGUUUAGAUGUGGCGAGCAUAUCCGGCUCCCGGACCGAGGCAUGAGUAGCGUGGAGAUUGAGAAGCCUCUAGUUGAUCGUCCUGAUGAGAAGAUAUUAUAUAGAUUACUGGUUGUGGAUGGCUUCACAGGACAUACCACUCUUGCCUUUGCCGAGUACUGUAUCAAGUUCAACAUCAUCAUCGCCAUCUUGCCGCCGCAUUCCACCCAUCUCAUGCAACCACUUGACGUUGGUGUGUCCCAGCCACUGAAGACAGCCCACCAGAAAGCACUUCGCAAAUCCCUUGCAGAGGGCAACCUAACCUUUUCACGGAUCGACUUCCUCGCUGAAUUUCAACAAGUCUAUGAGGCUGGCUUCACGAGCCAUAACAUCAUGUCGGGAUUCGAGGAAACUGGACUAUGGCCCGCCGUAAUCCGUAAUGGCCGCGGUGGAACAGUACAUGUGAACCACAUGCUAUCUCGGCUUUUUCUGGCUGAGCCUACAAUCCUGCGUAGGAGCAAUUUCCGGCUCAGAGCAUGUCGCCGGUGCUCUGAUGUCGGUAGCUUGUGA